CUUACGUGUUACAUAUUUCCAUGUGAAAAUGUUUGGAUUUGAUUUGUCAUAUGAUGCUAUGACGCAGUGGCCAAGAUGUCGUGUGAUGCGAAGGUAGAAUAUAUAAAAGUGACGUCACGUCCAGUCUAUAUAUUAUUAUGUCUAUGGUAGUACUAGUUAGGAAUAAACAUAACCUAACCUAGCAUGAGCAUGGGACUUUUGUGAAUUUGUGUAACAUUCUCAGUAUUUCACUCUAUAAUUCUGUACAGGAAUGGGUAGGACUAAAAGAAGAAGGUCGAAGAAGGUCUCGCAUGAGCUUUCAUCAACCGCAAACUACCAAUCGAUAAUAUGUUUACAGAAAUGGCUUGCGAGAAACGGGUGGAAAAAUAACACGAAAUUGGCACUGAAAUAUUUUCCCGGAACAGGAAGAGGCCUUUCAUCAAGAUUGCCAAUAAAAACCAAUGACAUUCUGAUAACAGUCCCUCACGAUCUGAUGGUGACUUAUGCCACAUUGAAAACGCAUUCAGAGAAACUCCUAGCAUGCAUCGACGGUAAACUCACAAUGCACGAGCUGCUUUCUCUGUUCUUAGCAUUCGAAAAGAAUAGAAAAGGGGAAUCUUUCUGGCGGACUUACAUCAAUAGUUUGCCUGUGACUCCCCCCCACCUUCCGUGGCAAGCUACUUCAGAAGAAAUGAAAUCAUUUCCCCCAGAUCUGCGGGUAAUUAGCAAAACAAUGCAGGAACAUUUUCAGAAAAGCUUUGAUAGGGUCAAGAAAUCGAUAAGGAAACCUUUGGAUUGCGUGCAAGACGAAAAUUUAUUCAAAUGGGCGUAUAUAAUGGUAAAUACCAGGGCGGUAUAUGUUGACCCUAACCUCGAAAGCAGUGACUCAUUUCAGGAGUUAUUGCUAGAUGAGCCUUCGAUAGCCCUUUGUCCUUUUCUCGACAUGUUCAAUCACCACUUUCUAGCUAAUACCGAGGCAACGGUAUUGAAACGGGAAGGAUGUGGCUUAGUUUAUCAACUGAAAACCUUAACGACAUAUAAAAAGCAUGAGCAGCUUUUCAUCAGUUACGGAUCUCAUGAUAAUGUCAAACUUCUCACGGAGUAUGGUUUCUUUAUUCCUGGAAAUAUUUAUGACACGGUGGGGUUUCAGCUGGAGGAAAUCCUCAGUCUGCUCAAGAUCGAUUUCAACCAGCAAGAAUACAAGUUCCUUACACAACACGGAUUUUUCAACGACUUGUACAUUGGACUGGAUGGCUUGUCUUAUAAUCUCAAAGCUUUGCUGUACGUAGCUUCUGAUGGAAAGACUAAAAAUUAUGGUACUGUGAUAUUUGCAGAUACAUACUCAAGUGAUUUUGACAAUAGCCUCACGGAAGCUUUUAAGAAUCUUCUACACUACAAACGCUGUAUCUUCGAGAGAGACCGGGCAAAUUUCAGACUUUUUGAGUCUACUAGUGAGAUAGCUGAGCUUAUGGGAAGUUUCAUAGAGUAUAGACUAGCCUUCGUUGAUGAUUUGAUAGGAAAAUUUUGUGUAUGAAGAUAACUGACCUGGAUAAUUGAAACUGAUGCACAUGAAUAACGGUCUAAGCUAUCAUUGUGGUCCAAAACAAAUAAGACACUAUGGAUUAAGUAAUUCGAUGGAUUACGUAAGAAUCUGAAUUGGAUUUUAGUUGUGGAGGCCGUUGAUGAACAAUAUGCGUUCCUGUACGUGUAUAUACGACAUCAGAUAAUAAUAAUAAAGGCAAUUUUUAUGACUGUAUACAAUUAAAAAAGUUAUGGACAACUGGUAACA